CAAGUGGACUGUUUGAGAAUACGUUCCAAACUACUCCAAACUGAUCCAAACACUGUGAAGCACCAGCGAAGCAUUUGUAGCACCAAGGCCGCACCUCAUGUAUGCGAGAUAGUAAUCAUUUGCAGGAAUUAUAAAAGAACUAAUACAAGAAUGUCUUUUAAAAAGGAUCUGAUAUUACUUGUGAAGCCUUACUACUUGAUAAACAUCCUUCUCAGUAUCUCUUACAUCUUUUCAAAGCGCAUUCCUAUCGUAUGUAAUUAUAUAUUUGCUCAAAAUGAUUGUGAGCUCAAUGGGAGGGAGACAGAAAUUCUGUUUUUUCUCAUGAUUGUCAUCAUGAUAAGAACUAGAAAGACUGGCAGUGUAACCAUGAUAAAUUAUUUGACCUCUAGUUUUGUAUAUACAAAAAUAGCAAACUUGAUUCUGUGGUUUUACGCGGAUGUGCGGAUGGGCAUUCUGUUUGCCUUAAUUUUUAUAUUAUGUGGAUUGAUAUUGCCAGAACCAACAUAUCAAGGACCUGAAAAUAUAAUUUAUUUACGUGGAGCUAAUGGAUUGCAAGAGGAAUUACAACGUGACACUAGAGUAGUCUGGUUGGUGGCAUUCUAUACUGCAUGGAAUCCAGCCUGUGUAACUUUUGCACCGAUAUUCUCUGAGCUUUCUGCAAAGUAUGCAUUAGAGAGCUUUAAAUUUGGUAAAGUGGAUGUUGGAAGAUAUCCGGAUGCAGCGGCAAAGUAUCAUGUCAGUGAUGCUAGUACAAGCAAGCAGUUGCCAACAUUAAUACUCUUUAAAAAUGGAAAAGAAGUUGAGCGACGUCCGUAUGCGGAUCACAAAGGAAAGCUCGUUAAAUUUCUUUUUUCGCUAGAUAAUGUAGAGGCUGCAUUUGAUCUCAAUAAUAUUUAUGAUGAUUGCAAAAAGAAUCCUCUCAAGAGGAAGGAGAAAAAGUCCUUGAAGGCAGAAUAAUAAAGUGACAAUUAGAUGUUUAAUGACGAAAAGAACAUAAAUUGCAGUUCACAGUUCAGAGCGAAUUUAGACGGCUUCUACCACCUAGUGCGUUCUCUUGAUUGAGUUUCAACACUGAACUAAAAAUGCGAGAAUUUAUAAAUAUUAUGUUCGUGUGUUGUAAUAUAUUCUAUAUACACAUAUAUAUAUAUAUAUAUAUAUGCGAUAGUGUUCUCAUAUUAUCAAAUCUUAUUUAUUUUAUUCAAACAUUUAUGCAUCACACAUUAUCAGAGAUUGUUGCAUGCGUAUGUAGUAUGUAUGAAUGUGCCAUAUGUAAUAAUAUAAGAUCGAAAUGUACAAAAAGCUUGAUAUUACGAUUAGCAACAUUAAAUAGCGUUUUCUUUUGAA